GCUCGUCGCUCCGUCAGUUGUGUUUUUGUCACUGACAGCCGCCGCCGUGCGUAGCGUAGUCAACCUUUCGUGGUGAAGAUUAUUCAAUUCAGCUCUGUGACAACGUGUACCAUCCCCCGGACUAGCACUGUAUCGGGUCUAGGCAGCUCAAACCUUAAAGAAAAACAAAACAUUUUGAUGACAAAGCAGCCUGACCAGAGAUGUGUGCUGCGGUGUAUGUCUUGUCUACGGUGACGGGGUAUGUGCUCACCUCUGCCCUGCUGCUGAAAUGCCCCACACUUCUGCACAGGAGGAAGCGAGAGUCAUUUUUCAGCAGGCACAUUUCCCACCGCGGAGGGGCAGGCGAAAAUCUGGAAAACACCAUGGCAGCUUUUCAGCAUGCUGUGGAUCUUGGCACAGACAUGCUGGAGCUGGACUGCCACCUGACAAAGGAUGAGCAGGUGGUGGUGUCACAUGAUGCCCACCUGAGGAGGUCCACUGGCAUGAACGCCUACAUCUCCGACGUGACCUACGCCGAGCUCCCUCCAUACCUCUGCAAGCUGGGUGUAACUUUCCAGAGGGAGUGUUACUGUGAGGGAGGAGAGGACAAACGCAUCCCUCUCCUCAGGGACGUCUUUGAGGCCUUCCCCAACACUCCUGUCAACAUUGACAUCAAGGUCAACAAUGACACACUUAUCAAGAAGGUCUCUGAGCUGGUGAUUAAGUAUGACAGAGAGAAUCUGACUGUAUGGGGUAAUGCCAGCAACCAGAUUGUGAAGAAGUGUUACAAAGAGAACCCUCGUAUCCCAGUGCUGUUCAGCUUUCCCAGAGUAUUGCAGCUGUUAGGCCUCUUCUACACCGGCCUCCUGCCCUUCAUCCCCCUCAAGGAGCAGUUCUUAGAGAUCCCCAUGCCCUCCAUUAUCACCAAACUGAAGGAUCCCAGCAGGAUGACUAAGAGCCAGCGACUCCUCACCUGGCUGGCAGACACCUUGUUGAUGAGGAAAGCUCUGUUUGACCAUCUGACUGCCAGAGGAGUUCAGGUUUACAUUUGGGUGCUGAACGACGAGGAGGACUUCCAGAGGGCAUUUGAUUUGGGAGCCACAGGCGUUAUGACAGAUUUUCCCACCAAGCUUAAAGACUUCAUAGAGAGGAAUGGCAUUGCUAAGCCCCAGUGACCUGCCAAAACCUACCCCCACCCCCCCAAUGAUUAUCCUUCAACUGGACUGACCUGUCAAAACAUCCCCGCGUGGCCAUUUUUACUGCAAGCAUUCCAGCUGGGGUAUUCUCAGACUGUGUUUUAUAGUCAGUAGGGAUCAGCCCUACACCUGCACUGGUGAAUUUCCAUGGAAACUGUAUCCAGGGAGCAGUUCUUUGCACUGGUAACAGAAACCCCUCUGUGUUUUGAUUCAUUCGACAUACUUGUAAAGAACACAUACCUGCUGUCUGUUUGUGCUCUCCCCUGUGUCGUGUCCUUCACAGACUCUCAGUCAUUAGUUGGAAUUUACCAUCAGAGGUGUUGAUGGAGUGUUGAUACACUGAUACGGACCAAGAAUGGACACCCCGCCCCUGCUCGCACAGCUCGGCACCCACAUAGACACAGCUCAGUGUAAUCAGGGGUGUGUGGGGUGCUGAGGGAUUGAUACAGUAUAAUAUUGCAAUACCCAACCCUCCUCAUGCUGGCUGAUGACAAGCGCUGAGAAUUGUGUGGCAUUUCAAGGCUGGCCACAUGAUCUUUCAAAUUAUACUUAGAGCAUGGAAAAAAUGUUCUUUAGUAAACAGUAUUUUAAAUUCUCAGAAGGUCUUGAAUUUCAUAACUGAUUGAUGGCUUUGGACUUAAGCUUUUUUAAUGCCUUUAACAUUUAAAAACAUGACAAAUUGCAAUAUUAUUGCAUCAUGACCCAAGUGUUGCAAGACUAUUUUAUUUGAGGCAGUUCCCACCAACACCAGCAGAUGCAGCUAUAAUGACAAAUACUUACUACAAUUAGUUUUACGGUGAUGUUUGGUUGAAUGAGUGUUGUUUUACCAGCUGCUUUAUAGUAUAAAAAGCCUGUGUUAUUUUCUUUUUUUUUUCUUUUUUUUUUUUUACGCUGAUAGCCAUUGAAAGCAUCAUAGUAAUACAGAAUCACAAACAGGUAUAAGAUGUUUUUACUUGUGUCAUGAACAGCCAAAAAGAUGCUUCUAGUUCUUACUGAAAGACCACUGACUCCUCAAGUCCUCAAAUUCACUGCUGCACUGAGAUUUGCUUUCUAGCAAACAUGCACAAUGUGAGUAUUAAGGCAGGCAGUGCCACUGCUCCAGGAUUAAGGUUUAGUCACAGGCAAAUUACACUGAUCUGUGGAUUAUGCUGUAAAAAAUUCUGUUGUCUGAAAAGAAAAUGGGUGACUUUCUUUUUUUCUACUUUUUUUGCAGCCAGUCAGGACAGAACUACCACAGACAACAGAUAUUUAACAAUGCCUCACUCUCUACAUCUACAAAGAUCAUUGAGAUUAUUAUAAUACUGAAGCUCUCUAAUCCAAGUUUGUGAUCACAUAUUGAGGUUCAGGUCUGAAUGUAGUAUUGAUUUAAAGUACUGUAUGUUUUUGGGUAUAUUAAAGUCAAAACAGUAUUGCUGUUUUCUUAAUUGCUAGAUAAUUUUUAUUAGUGCUGUCAGUGAGUAGUUUUUAUGAAUGAAAUAAGCUCAGGUGCUAAUCGGAUGUCCUCGCAGAAGGUUUGAGGUCUGAUGUCUUGGAUUGUUUUUUGGAAAACAACUCUUGUGAACACGUUGUUCUUUUGCGUGAAAACUUGAUCCAACAAUCGUAUUACAGAUCUUAGAGAGAUGAUUAUAUUCAGAGAAAAUGACUUGUUUGAUUAAUUUUCUUGUGGUGUGCUGUGUGCUUUGUUUUGCAUGCUCAAAUGAGUAUUUGUUAAGCUGUUGUAUUUGAAUAUAUUAUCAUGUUGUGAUUUUGAGUGAACCAAUUUGUGGCACCUCGUUAUGUGGGCCUAUUAAGAUGCCUUAUUCCACAUAUGUCAUUUGAUUUGCAGAGAGAUAUAUUGUCUUUACCACAUCAAUAAACACUGACAACAUUUUUAUAUAC